AUGUCGGCGGCAGCGGCGGCUCGAAAACGCGGAAGGUCGGCCUCGGGGGCCGGGGCCGGUGCAGGGGCCGGCAAGCGGCGGCGGAAGGCGGAUUCUGCCGGGGAGAAGGGCAAGUCCAAGGGAGGCGGCAAGAUGAAUGAGGAGAUCUCCAGCGACUCCGAGAGUGAGAGCCUAGCUCCCAGGAGGACUGAGGAGGAAGAGGAGGAGGAGCUGGAGGAGACAGCCCAGGAAAAGAAGCUGCGCUUGGCCAAACUCUACUUGGAGCAGCUCAGGCAACAAGAGGAGGAGAAGGCUGAGGCCCAGGCAUUUGAGGAGGACCAGGUGGCAGGGCGCCUGAAGGAGGACGUGCUCGAGCAGAGAGGCAGGCUGCAGAAGUCGGUGGCAAAGGAGCCUCUCUCUUUCCUGGUGUUAGGGAGUGUUGAGAGCAGACGGAAGCUUCAUGUGAUCCCACGAGCCAAGAAGGGUGUGGAGGGGCAGCCCCCCGGCCACGGCAGCCACAUCCUCUGCAUGGCCAUCUCCUCUGACGGCAAGUACCUUGCUUCGGGUGACCGCAGCAAGCUCAUUUUCAUUUGGGAGGCCCAGAGCUGCCGGCACCUGUACACUUUCACGGGACACCGGGACGCUGUGUCGGGGCUGGCCUUCCGCAGAGGCACCCACCAGCUCUACAGCACGUCCCACGACCGCUCUGUGAAGGUGUGGAAUGUGGCGGAGAACUCCUAUGUGGAGACACUCUUUGGGCACCAGGACGCCGUGGCCGCGCUGGAUGCCCUGAGCAGGGAGUGCUGCGUGACGGCCGGGGGCCGAGACGGGACGGUGCGCGUGUGGAAGAUCCCGGAGGAGUCCCAGCUUGUCUUCUAUGGCCACCAGGGCUCCAUCGACAGCAUCCAGCUCAUCAAUGAGGAGCACAUGGUGUCGGGUGCAGAUGAUGGCUCUGUGGCCUUGUGGGGCCUCUCUAAGAAGCGGCCACUUGCCCUGCAGCGUGAGGCCCAUGGGCUGCGGGGGGAGCCAGGCCUGGAGCAGCCCUUCUGGGUGUCAUCGGUGGCAGCCCUUCUCAACACGGACCUUGUGGCUACAGGCUCCCACAGCUCUCGCGUGCGGCUCUGGCAGUGUGGGGAGGGCUUCCGACGGCUUGACCCUCUCUGUGACAUUCCCUUGGUGGGCUUCAUCAAUAGCCUCAAGUUCUCCACCUCUGGGGAUUUCCUGGUGGCUGGGGUGGGGCAGGAGCACAGGCUUGGCCGCUGGUGGCGCAUCAAAGAGGCUCGGAACUCCGUCUGCAUCAUCCCCCUCCGCAGGGCCCCCAGGCCCCCCACUGCCGGCUCCUGA